AUGAACGCCCAGCAGGAUUUCAGAGUGGUGCUUAUCGGCGGCGGCAUUGUGGGUCUUAUAUGCGCUAUCGCGCUCGCGCAAAAGGGCGUGCAAGUCGAUAUUUAUGAAGCUGCCACGAAGUAUGGCGAGAUUGGCGCAGGAGUGACAAUCCAACACAAUGCACAUCCCAUCUUGAAAGACUUGGGUUUACUGGAUGAAAUCGCGAAAGCCGCAGCAGGACCUCGGCUGCCGUUAUUCGGUUUUGUGAUGGGUCCCGAUAGUCGCGAAAGUGUCUAUCAGUAUCCCGAAAAUGCCGUCGAAAAGGACCAGGGUAUCGGAUUGCAUCGUGCUGUGCUCAUUAAUACGCUCGUUCGCUUUCUACCACCUGGAGUUCACUCACAUUUUCGCAAGCGUUGCACCGAUGUCAUCACCAAUCAAGAUGGGCGUGUAGAGGUGCAGUUCGCGGAUGGCAGCAGAACUGUGGCGGACAUUGUCAUUGGUGCAGACGGCAUCAAGAGCGCUAUUCGCGGCUUAGUACUAGGACCAAAGGGGGAUCGCCUUGUUGACACGGGACAUCGAUGCUAUCGAAACUUGCUCCCUAUUCAACGUCUGAUGGAGGCCGGUGUGAACACAAAUGCGCUGGUGCCGCGAUGCUGGAUGGGCUCCAGAAAGCACCUUGUCUCUUACCCCAUCGGCGACGGUGCCAUGUACAACAUGGCGGCCUUCGCAACCGACCUCAGCAAAGUUAUGGUACCAGCGGGUUCCCAAUCCUCAUGGACGGACUGGGUGAUACCUGCGCCCCGGACUGAGUUGCAGGCGGCAUUCGUCGACUUCGACAGCGAUGCCCGCGCGAUUCUCGAACAAGCGGACGAGUCAGUGACAAAGUGGAAGAUUCAUGGGCUUUAUCCGCCGCUUGAGUGCCACGUAGGCUCUGCUCCGACCUCUAGUACUGGUGUAGGCAGUAAGGCGAACGUGGUCCUUAUUGGCGAUGCCGCGCAUGCCAUGGUUCCGUAUCUUGGUUCAGGAGCGAGCGUGGGAAUCGAGGACGCGUACGAGCUUGCAAACCUGCUCAGCCACCCGCAGACGUGCAGGGACAAUCUCAGCGACGUCCUGCAUGCGUAUAACGAAGCGCGCGUGCCACGCACAACGUUUGUGGCGAAUGCGAGCAAGCGUGCUGGAGAAGUCUAUCACGGCCUCGGUCCGAGUGGCCCAUCCACCGACGGCCGUCGACGUGAUCUUGAUCGUCAGUUCGACGAAAUUUGGCACCACGAUGCCCAAGCUGAGGUCAGGCAGAUUGUACAAGCUCUCGUAGAUGGCGGCGUCUUCACGAAGAGUUGA